AGUACCAUAAUCAGGCUUCGGCUGGUAUUUCGAAGGAGCGACAUCUACAUCCAUUUGGCCCGUUACAGCCAAAACCUCUGGUCACCCCGCGCACGCAGGGACUGUUUCCUAUAAGUAAGUAAAAUAACGAUCUACAAACGAUGGCAAGCUUAGACCUGCCGGAAAAAGUUGACUGCGGCGGAAAAAACGACGAUGUGUCCCGAGAGCCCGCUUCGCCGUCGCCUCGGGCCCCGCAGCGUGAGACGAAUCGCAAGCGUGCAGGAAAGACCAGGUCGCGUCAGUGUAACGAGCACGGACGACGCAAACGAGCAGGAGGUUCCACCCCCAGCUCAUCUCGAUCACGCGACCGAAAUACGGACAUAAAGGCGCUCCCAACGACAGCCAAUGGGAACAAGAAGGCAGACGCGGACCGCGCGAACGGUAGUGCCAAGUCCAGUGGCCAAUCCAAAGAAACGGGGACGAAGAUGCCCCGGAAUAGUCCGAGCAGCCCGAGCAAUCAAGGUUAUGCUGAGAACCUUGACUGCUCUCUCGCAGUUUUGGCCUCUGCACCUGCCGGGCACGCAGAGGAGAGGAAUGAAGUGCCGGAGCGCAGCAAAAAGCCUGGUGAGGGCGCUCAGGAGAUGGCGCCGACUGCAAGGGUACCCGACGCACUCAGACUUUCAGACCUGGCCGGACACGCCAGCGCUCAAGAAACGGACGUUGAAAGCGACCGCGGCUUCCGGGUGUCGAACUCGGAACCGGCGCUGCCAGUCGAAGCACCGCAGUACGAUACGUCGCACGUACCGAACGAAGCGGUGGAAGCGCCUGCGAACGGACGAGGAAAUGACGGGAUGGUGGAGCAAGGCAGCUGCAGGAGACAUUCCGCGGUGCCAGUGGACGGUGUCCUCGCUCCGUCGGGGCCAAAAGGGAGCACGGAAAAGCUGAAUCCGUCGACGCCACCCGCCGUGACACCAAACCUCAGUGCCGUCCCCUCCGGUCGCUAUCCGGUCGCGGGCGAAACGGCUCCCGCGCCUCCCGAAACGGCUCCCGCGCCUCCCGAAACGCUGGCUGACUUGACGGAGUCCGAGGGCCUGCCUCCUUGGCGAGGACGAAUUAUGAAUAUUAUUAAGAACGAAAGCGUCGAUGGGACCGGCGCCACUAACAGCGCCAAGCCCGCUCCCGCAUUGGCCAACGUCAAGUCCAGGUAUUCUGGGACGGCAGAUUAUCAAGUGACGCUCCGUAGGCUGCGCAUGGGCCUAUUCGCCAACGAUCGCGACGAACCCUCCAGUGCCAGCCCAGCGUGGCGGAUCCUGAUCCUGGUGCCGCUUGUUGCGGUCGUGAUUGCGCUGGCACUGGUGCUCUUGGCGCGCAAGAGUCGCCUUUCCCACAGGACGCGCACCGUGCACACGCCCAACGAGAGCGGCAUGUGCUGGACCGAGGCUUGCCACAAAGUGGUGGCAUUCGCGAUGGAAAACACAGACACGACGUUCGACCCGUGCGUGGACUUCUACCGGCACGCCUGCGGACGCUGGUUCGCCGGCAGCACCGCGCGCCGAAGCUACGCCGACGAAAACCGUGUCAACUUCAGCGUAGCUGCGAACCAGGCCAUGACACAGCUGCUACUCAGGGCGGAGCCCGGCGCCGGCUACGUACCACACGACGUCGGAAUGGCUCGCUUCUACGCCAGCUGUCUUGCCUACGCCCGGAAACGUCCGCGAACCCAUUCCCGAGCCUUACUGGAGAGCAUGAGCCUCAACAAAAGCGUGUGGACCAAUUUCGCGAGUGUGCAGCAGCUUUUCUACCACGUCGUGGCCGCCAAUUUUCGCACGGGUUUCGCCGGACUGGUUCGGGUGAGCAAGGAAGAAAUUGCGGCGAACGGGCUUCUGGUCAUGGACGUCGGUGAGAGCCUUCAGUCCACGCUUGGUGACCACGCCACGCGGUUCCUGAACAUCGCACUGCGCGAACUCGGCUGGCCCAAGAACCGGUCGCUGACUGCCGCUCUGCAGGGUCUGGACGCCAGAGUUGAGAGGGCGAGGAGCCAAGUCGACGAAUCUUCGACGCUCAACGCCACAAGCGUCGGAGAGAAUGCAGCGUCGCUCGGUCUGGGUCUAUCCUGGGAGGACGGCCUGAAGCACGCCUUCUCCUCCACGUCCAACGAAUCGAGCACCGUAACGAACGCAGUCGUGAAAAUUGGGGCGGUCGUUGCCCUAAAAGGCAUGAUCGCGGCACUAACCACGACCGACCUGCAAAUCGCGGGCCUUUACUCGCUUCUGCUGAUGCUGGCGCAGGUGAUGAGAUACCCCUACUUGCUGACCGCCAACACCGCCGGCUUUGAGGACAUCACGUUGUGCUUACAGGCAACUGGCGAGCACAUGAGCGCCCAGUUCGCCUCAUGGCUGGCACAUUCACUGGAAGGAGGCGAGACACGCGCCUACCUGGACAAAAUGGUGGCCGCGCUGAACCAGGCCAUCGAAACGAGCACACGGCUCCACGACAACCUUGCGUUGAACAUCGCCGAGGUCCCGGAAAGACUCGUGGUCAAGACGGCGGGCAGCGUCAUCAACGAAGGCUGCGGCGCGAGCUCCACGGCGACCCGAGAGAAAGCGCGCUACAGCGACGACUUCGUGGCCAACAUCCUGCUGGCUCGCAAGACGGGCGCACCGACGUGCCUUCGCGCCGACGUUGCCGCCACUGUUCGGUCGCAGCUAGAAGGGCGCAUCGAGAGCGACCCCGCCGGGACUUUGGUGGUGCCCACCGCCGCGCUCACUCCGGACCUUCUCCACGCCGAUGCCGGCGAGCCGUGCCUGGACUACUCCACGUUGGGCGUGAUGCUGCUCGUCGAGUGGGCACGCGCUGUCUCCGCGCGUAGCCCGGCGCUCAGGUCACGCCUGAGCGAAUACGGCCAGUGCGUCCGCGGAGACGCCACCGACUUGCUCGUGGCGGACAACGUGAGCGACGCAAGCCUUCGCACUAUGGUGUUCCUUCCCUGGGCUCUGGACUUGGCUCUGGCCGCUGCCACUUCUCAGUGGCGCAUCAUCAGUGGAAGAGCCCGAGCCAGGGACGUGCCUUUCGACGAUGACUCCGCCAUCGAGAGGCUCAGGGUGCAAAUUUUCUUCCGGCGCUUCUGCCAGAGCACUUGCGGGGACAAGGAAGCUGCCAAAGUGUGCCUCUAUGGCAUGCUGCGAUCGAACCAGUUCGCCCGUUCCUUCCAGUGCACGUCGCCCGAGAAGCAUGCCGACUGCUGAUAUAUGCGAGGGAAGGUGUUCGCUUGCGGGUCGUGCCAGCACUGCAGUACUUUGUUGCGUAGCUUCGUUGUUGCAGAGGAGGUAGUGGACUCCAGUUUGAGUACUUAAGCGAUUGUAGUUAAAAUACCGAACGGGCGCUGGUCGUCGUGUGCUUUUUUUCUCAACAGUGCGGUGAUUGGUCAUAUAAAUAUAUGUUUCUUUUGUUCA